GAGACGAUACUAGUUUCAACAGGACCUUAAGCUUUCGAAGCCUCAGUACUGAAGAAUAGAAUAAAGUUUUACUCGAGACUCGUUCGCCAAUGGCCCUAGAGGAAGAUAGCCCAACUUCGAGCCAAGCCCAACAACACACCCUGUCGAUGCAGCGACGGGUGAAAACGUACUGCGCCUCGCUUCACGUUAAAUUUACAAGACAAUAUGAUUUGCUGCACAUAAAGGUGUUUCUUGUGGGUAAAAUAAUAUACCAGAAAAGGCUGAGUAAGAAAUGACGUCAGGUGUGCGAAGAAGGCACGCUGGGGAUAAAUAGGACCCUUUCCCCAC